CCUUUCAGCUAUAAAAUCUCAACAAUCUGUGGAGUAAACUUUUGUUUUCGUUCGAGGCUCCACCGAUCUAGAUAAAAAGAGUUAACUGGCCAAAGCGUUGGCAGUCUUGGAGCAUCUUCACCCAAAUAUUAAAUCGAAUAGAGAAACAGUGCGUUCAAGAUGAAAACUCUGCUACUUUUGAUGGCGUCUUUGAUCGUCGUAUGUUUUGCCGAACCAAAACCUGCUAUCAACGAAGUGAAAUCGAACCAACCACUUCAAAAACCAGGUCGAUUUCUGUCUCUACCAGUACCAGAGAAAUGUGCAUCUCGUCCUAAGGAAUUCAACUAUCGUGGGCAUAACUAUUUCUACAGCGCCCACGUACCUGCACUGAAAGACAAGCGGGUCGAUUGGUUGGAUGGUCGUAACAUUUGCCGCGAGUACUGUAUGGAUCUAGUUUCGCUUGAAACACAGGAGGAGAAUAAUCUCAUUUUCCGGUUAAUACAACAAAACGAUGUGCCUUAUAUCUGGACCGCCGGUCGUCUGUGUGACUUUAAGGGAUGUGAAGGACGUCCGGACCUGGAGCCGAAGAAUGUUUACGGUUGGUUCUGGUCGAACAACCGAGAAAAGAUACACGCUACUAACCAGAUCCCGAAUGGAUGGGGUUACAACCCUUGGAGCAAAUCGGGUCAUAAGAAGAUUCCACAGCCAGACAAUGCCGAAUUUGAUAUCAAUCAGACGACUGAAUCUUGUUUGUCAAUUUUGAACAAUGUAUACAAUGAUGGAAUCGGCUGGCACGAUGUUGCUUGUUACCACGAAAAACCAGUAGUUUGCGAGGAUUCUGAGGAACUAUUGAACUAUGUUGCUGCUACUAACCCCGGUAUUGUCUUAUAAAACAUUUGUCGCUGCAACACCACUGCCUGGAGAAUGCUGACUCAGAGAUAUGUCGGCAGUUUUGCUCGCGAGGGAAAAGAUCCUCUUCAUACGAUUCAUUUGAAUUAUUUCCGCUACCAAUUCUGCUAAUUUUGAAUUAUGUACUCUUCCUCAUUACAUAGCCGAUUACAACAAAAACAUUCAACAUACAGUACAGUAGUGCUCUGCUUGUACGGUUUGCUAGUAGUUUCAAAAAUGCCAUGUUUGAGUUUAUCAUGUUAAAAUCAACAAGAAUGUGACAAAUCAUGCGAAUCAUUUCGAACUUACUAUGCACAUUUGACUCAUUCAUUAAUAUCGACUGUGAGGCAACGGUUAAUUGAUUAAGAUGACGAAAUAGCAAGCAAGCAAUCUGUGCCAAGGUACACUCUACUCUAUCAGUCAUACGGCUCAUAACGAAGACAACUACAGUAAAUGUAUAUUUAUUGAAUAAAUAGACUUUUUAAGAAAUAUUUGAUCAUUUGAUUACUUUUUCAAAGCCCUCCGGUAACACUAUCCCCACAGGCGCCAUAGUGCAUUGAACAUUUUACCCCUUAAUCAGAUUGUAAGAAUAUAAGCCUAUGUAUGGUGGUAAUUUCUAUUUUCUAGCGUCCACAAACUA